CCAGUGUGGGGUGCGGGGCGCGGAGCGUGCGGCGGGAGGAGGCGCGGGGCGGAGUGCGGGCGGAAGUCGCUGUCUGCGGAGAAGAGAAAGGAAAGACAGCCGCGGUGAGGCGCGGCGCGGCGCGGCUGGGAUCCCGCUGGGGGCGCCGCCUCCUCCCCACCCUCGCUGGAGGAUGGAAGUGACGACAGCUGCAGCGGAGGUCACUUCCUGCUGGGGUGGAUGAGGAGGAGCCGGAGACGCCGCGGAGGAGACCCGACCGAACGCCGACCGAGCCGGGCAGCGCAGGAAGGCAAAAAUGAAAGCGGGCUGUAGCAUCGUGGAAAAGCCAGAAGGAGGUGGAGGGUAUCAGUUUCCUGACUGGGCGUACAAAACAGAAUCCUCCCCAGGCUCCCGGCAGAUCCAGCUGUGGCACUUCAUCCUGGAACUGCUGCAGAAGGAAGAGUUCCGCCAUGUCAUUGCCUGGCAGCAGGGAGAGUAUGGGGAGUUUGUCAUCAAGGAUCCAGAUGAGGUGGCCCGCCUCUGGGGCCGCAGGAAAUGCAAACCACAGAUGAAUUAUGACAAGCUCAGCCGGGCCCUCAGAUACUAUUACAACAAGAGGAUCCUUCAUAAAACAAAAGGGAAAAGGUUUACUUACAAAUUUAACUUUAACAAGUUGGUGAUGCCCAACUACCCAUUUAUCAACAUUCGAUCAGGUGGUGUGGUUCCUCAGAGUGCGCCACCAGUGCCAACUGCAUCCUCCCGCUUCCACUUCCCACCUCUGGAUACCCACUCUCCAACCAGUGAAGUGCAGCCAGGGAGGUUCUCAGCCAGCUCCUUGACUACAUCUGGCCAGGAGUCCAGCAAUGGCACUGAUAGGAAGGUGGAGCUUUCAGAGCUGGAGGAUGGCCCCACUGCUGACUGGCGCCGGGGUGUUGAUCUCAUGUCCUCCCGGAAUGCGGUCGGAGGAGGAGGGAUUGGCCACCAGAAACGCAAGCCUGACAUAAUGCUUCCUCUUUUCACAAGACCAGGGAUAUACCCUGACCCACACAGUCCCUUUGCUGUCUCUCCACUCCCUGGCCGAGGAGGUGUCCUUAACGUCCCCAUUUCGCCAGCCCUUUCCCUGACUCCUACAAUCUUCUCCUAUAGCCCUUCACCAGGCCUGAGCCCUUUCACCAGCAACAGUUGCUUCUCAUUCAACCCAGAGGAAAUGAAACACUACCUUCAUUCUCAAGCCUGUUCAGUUUUCAACUACCAUCUGAGUCCUCGGACUUUUCCCCGCUACCCAGGGCUCAUGGUCCCACCGUUGCAAUGCCAAAUGCAUCCUGAGGAGUCAACUCAGUUUUCUAUCAAGCUGCAGCCUCCACCUGUUGGGCGCAAGAACCGGGAAAGGGUAGAGAACAGCGAGGAGCCUGCACCCACCAUGGCACCUGUGCUGCCACGAAUUAAGGUUGAGCCCACCUCUGAGAAGGAUCCCGAGAGCCUCAGGCAAUCAGCCCGUGCAAGGGAGGAACACUCUCAAGAAGAGAGUGCAGUGCUGAGCAGGACCACAGAAGAGGGGAAAGGCACCAUCUUUGCCUGCCCCACCACCGCGCCCGCCUGGCCCUCUGUACCUAUUAGCACCCCAAGCGAAGAACCCCUUGAGGUGACUGAAGACAGUGAGGACAGGUCUAGCAAAGAGCCCAGUGCUCCUGAGAAGAAAGAAGAUGCUCUGAUGCCCCCCAAGCUUCGGUUGAAACGGCGCUGGAAUGAUGACCCUGAAGCUCGAGAACCACCAAGUAAGAACGGCAAGUUCCUCUGGAAUGGAUCAGGACCCCAGGGCCUGGCAGCAGCAGCCGCUGAUGCAUAGAACUGCAAGUGUGUUGAGAGCUAUUUCUAUUCUAAUUAAAUACAUACAUGUAUUUAUGUAGCAGAUCUGGGGGGAGGGGGGAGGGAGUUAGCCUGGUUUGAGCAUUCUGGGGCAUAGACUUGUACUUUACGUUGGGGAUGGGAUGGGUAUCUUCUGUUGUAAAUUAGGUGGGGCGUGAACACUUUUCCUGGUGAGUAGGACACAGGGAGGGUAUUGAACUGAAAGGGGAAGGAACCUGUUUCCUAUUUGAGGUUUAUACUUCCUGGCAAGGAAAUGCCUAGAGGGCCCAGGUACUUUGCUCUUGUGAUAGUUCAUGUUCUAGACUUUCCUUUUGUAUUUAUAUAUAAAAAGCCAUUAAUGAGUUUAUUUUGCUCUGAGAGAGGUACAUAAAAGGGAAAAAGGUCAUGGUUGAGAGGUUAGCAGUGAGAGGCCAUUAAUGCUAUUUUGCCUGAAAUGUUUCUUUAUAAUUAAUUGGGGGGGGGGGCUGGCUAUUCAGAUGUUGGUCUUUUUUCUUUUUUUACUUCUUUUGUUGUUUGGAAUUAUUCCUUACCUUAAAAAGAAAACAGGACACAAGGGCAUCCUGCUGAUUACAGCUGGGUGGGAAGACCCAGGAGCUGCACUCUGGGCUGCAGGGCCGAGGCGGGAAGCCUGCUGUCUGUCCUUGGACUUUCACCUACUUCACCUAUUAAGAAGCCAUGCGGAGUUAUAAACUCUUGUUCAGGGAAGAAAAAAAGAGGGCAGGAGGAAGUAACCCAAUGCCUUUAAAAACAAAUGAAAAAAAAAAUCUUCAUUUUUCCUUUUCCAUUAUGGGUUUGGGGAGCCAAACCAAAGUGUGACCGAGAAGGUUCGUCGAGAGGCGUGACAGUGUUGUUGAAGAUGUCUGUCCAUUGUGUCUGGUUCUCUUUAUUGUUUUCUUAAGUCGAGCCUUAACUAUGAACAUACUUCAAGAUGAUACGGGUCUGUCAGCAUAAGCCUAAACAAGGCAUGGACAACUUUCCAGAUAAUCCUGGAAUGCUGAGACAUGGUUAAACUCCUAGCUGAUACUUAGUCUUUCCCUCUUGAUAUUCCUGGGAUAGGUAGCAAAAGGAUGAGAUUGUGGGAGCUACAGGCCAGUGAAACUGGGAAACAGAAGAUACUGGGGGAACAAGUGGGUGUUUGUGAGCCUUGCAGGAAGAGGUAAGAAGAAGGCACCAAAUGCCGAGAGGCCUGGUAUACGUGAAGGAGGUGGUGUCCUGUUGAGGGGGUGCCAUUUUUGCCAUCCCUGUUUGCCCAGAUUGUCCAGUGUCCUGAGUAGUUGACAGUCUUGCACAAGACUCCAGUUAACAAACAGUGAUAAAUUAUUUGUUCAUGGGAAAAUCCCUUCUAGCAACUUCAAAGAAGUAGAAAAGUAUGGAUUUUAAUAUGAAGUAAAAGACUAGGGGCCGGGGAGAUGGCUCAGUGGAAUAAGUGCUUCCCUGGCAAGCACGAGGGCCUGAGUUCAAUCCCUGGUUCCGCCAAAAAAUAAAUAAAUAAAUAAAAAUAAUAAAGGACUAGGACUUGAGCAGAGAAGCGAUAGCCUCCCACUUCUGUGUGUGAGUGCUUGUGAGCCUCCCAAGUGCAUAGCAUGUGGAGAUACCUGUGUCUCAGACCUGCCUAGCAGCAGUACAGCAGGAGAGAAGUUGCAUAUCUUUUGAGGGCAAGGGGAGACAAGAGUGGUGUCUAGGGGUUAGAGAAAUUCCUGGCUUCACCUUGGCUUGGGAGAACUUUAUAUAGGACUGGGGAGAUAGCUCAGCAACAUAAGCGCCUGCCUGGCAAGCACGAGGUCCUGAGUUAGAUCCCUGGUACCAAAAAAAAUUCAGAGAACUCUAUGUAAGUAAUAUUUGAGGGUUAUCCUUUAAUAGUGGAGGUAGUUUUUGGUUUUAGUUUUAACUGGACUACAUGCAUGAGAGAAGAGCUCAGGAAGGUAAAAGCAGGUGAGACAGACAUUGGAUGAUCUGGGAUGACUUGAGUCCAUCGUGCUAUUUCUUGGCAGGUGUCCUCCCCCUUGUUUGAUCCAAAUUCCAUGAGUGACUCAUCUUUCCCCAGGAAAGGGACUGAGACGGUGGUCCCUAAAGACUCAGGCUUGGGUCAGGCUGCAAAAGACUCCCCAGGUAGGCUGCCUUUGGUGGUUGUGGUUCUGUCAGUUUCCUUUUUGCACCUGACUUACCUCUGAAUCAGAAAGCAAGCCUGGCAGGUAGAGGAGAGCUCUCUGCUUGGCAUUGCCUGAUCUAACCAGGGAGACCAGCUGGCCACCCACUACCCUCUACAGGAUAGAGCCAGCAGGUGUCGGUAUGAACUCAGGAAUAGAAACACGAGGCCUUUAAAAUAAGAGAGGGAGAGAAAUUCAUGAUACAUACCUGUAACCCCCUAAAACACAAGUGCCAGAAUAAAUUCCUAGAUGCUGCUUCUGUUUGAACAAAAAAGUCAGUGCUUUUACACUUGAAAAAACACUCAAAAAAUGUUCAACUCCAUGAAAAAUGUUUUUUGGCUUUAAGAAAUCGAUCUGUAAGUUUCUUUUGAUUGCAUUCCACUAGUAAUUGUCGGUUGAUCUGCACUGGAGUAGGGCUGGGAGGAGGGGUCUUCACACAGAGCCACACUUGGGAUUGCUCAGCAGGUGGACCAGAGCAUGUCAAACGACCUUUGACUCUUCUUGGGGCAAAAGAGAGUUUUUCUCCCCCAGCCCACUCCUAGCAGCACCUGUCAACUGGUGUAAAACCAGGCCUUUCUCUUCCAUGAGCAUCUCAUCACUGUCCAACAGCAGGUGGGGGUAGGGGGGAGGGAGGCGCAAAAAGUGAAUCUACUUUGUCUCCCACAUUUUUUCUGAAUUUUGCUGUGCCAAAUGUUUAAAAUUUUAAAAAUAUAAAUCUGUUGAAAUUUAAUCAAGAACUUGUUGGUGAAAAAGUUUGCUUUUCUAGCUACAGAAAAGAAAACAGCAGAGAUCUCUCAAUGACAUCCAGCUUUGCUGAGCUCACCUUUUCUCCUAAGAGAUGGGUAGGAACAAAAUACAGUUCACCAAGUUCCUUCAUCCUGGUGAUCAGACUGUACUGCAUUAAACCCAGCUCACUACUUCAGGGAAGGACUGCACCCUAGUGACCCGCGGGCCAAGAAAUCUUCAGAAGCAUUAAAACCGCCACUUUUCACCAAGUGGUUUGAGUCAGUUGGCUGUUUGUCCCUUGUUUAUUUAUUCCAUAAUUAUGUUUGUGCUUUUUGUUUUGUAAGCAGUAAUGGAACAUGUUGUAUGUGGUUGGAAAGAAAACGUUGAUUUAGUCUUUCAAGAACUGUUCCAUUUUUAGUUUCUUCUUGGGGGGGAGUUAGCAGCUAAUUUGUUUUUAAAUAUUUAGGCAUUCUUUGAAUUAUAAAAUUGUGAUGCAGGGAUUUCUGAGUGAGACAUUCACAUGUGAAAGCUAGUUACCCGCUUAAGCAGAAUAGUGUGUAUAUGUACAUAAAAUGUAAGUAAUCUUAACUUCAUUGUGCAGUGCCUUUUAGAUGUUCCGCUUUCUAUAAAGUCUUCAAAAUUUUGCAUAUAUAUUAUAUAUAUGAUGUAAUGUUAUAGAAAUAUAUGUAUAAUAUACAUAUUUUUUCCAGGGGUAUCUGAUAGCUCUGUAUUUUGUUAUGGAAGUUGAAAGAAAAAAAGUAUUUUACCU